AUGUCCGGCCUCACCGAUGACGUCAAAAAGCAGCUGGCCGUGUUCAACGCGGCGAUUAGCAGCCUUGAAGAGCUUCUGGAACAAAACCUCGGCAGCUUUGAUGAACAUCUAAGGCGGGACGCGUUCGAGAUGUUAAAAAUGGACAACGCGGCCCUGUUCACAGUAAACGCGCUCACGACGGCCAUCGUGGCGACAACGGGCCGAAAUCCAAAGGACAAUGAAGAAUUACAAAACGAAAUGCAACGCGUCAAAUCGUUGAUGGUGCGCACGAAGGAGCAGGAAGAUAGGCGAAACCUGGCCCCAGAGAUUAACCAACGCGCAUCGAAGGCCUUCGUGCGGAAUGCACUUUUUGACGUUGACGAGAGCACGCAGCGGAUCCAAGAAAAGCGAGCAGCCGAGGCGGCCGCAGCGGAAGCCGAGGAAGCACCACCUAAGAUCCCGAAGAUGACCGAC